AAAGUGGCCGCGGAGACCUGUAUUUUCGAUUCCUUCACCAUUUUCCACAGAAGUCGACGAAUUCCAAUCCGUCAGAAAAUACUUGCUACAUCAUGGCGCAACUCUCUUCUGAAGGGAGCAACGCAAUUAUCUAUCUCACAUACAGCGCCUUGUUGUUCUCUGGGCUUUUCUUGGCCUGGAAGUUUGCCAGCAAAGACAAUUUUUUAUCUUCCAAUGGAACUCAAAAGGGUCUUCCAUUAGCAGUCAACUUCAUUGCCUCUGCAAUGGGAGUGGGUAUCUUGACCACAUAUGCGCAGAUUGCAAAUACUGCAGGGUUACAUGGAUUACUUGUCUACACACUAUCGGGGUCUCUUCCUAUUCUCGGAUUUGCUGCCCUCGGGCCCAUUAUAAGGAAAAGAUGCCCUGAAGGCUUUGUUUUGACAGAGUGGGUCCGUCAAAGAUUUGGAAUUGUUACAGCUUUGUAUCUUUCAUUCUUCACGUCACUCACGAUGUUCCUUUUCAUGAUUGGCGAGUUAUCAGGAUUGAGAGCAGCUAUUGAAACAUUGACUGGCUUGGAUGCAUUGGGUGCUGUGAUAGUUGAAUGUGUGGUGACCACCAUUUACACAUCCUUUGGAGGUUUCAGAGUAAGUUUUAUUACAGACAAUCUCCAAGGUAGCCUUGUUCUUGUUUUGAUCAUUAUUUGUGCGAUUGGCAUGGGCACAGAUAUCAAUAUUGACACCUCAAAGAUUGGGCCAUCGGGCUUAUUAGAUGCGAAUAAAUUGGGAUGGCAACUAGUGUAUAUUUUGCCCGUGGCAAUAGCUACAAAUGAUUGUUUUAUGGCUGGGUUCUGGUUGAGAACAUUUGCAAGCAAAUCCAACAAAGACUUGUGGAUUGGAUGUUCCAUUGCAGCUUUUGCAACAUUCGUGAUUUGCACAUUAGUUGGUCUUCCUGGAUUUUUGGCCGUUUGGGCUGGAUAUCUAGAAGUAAACGAUCCGGAUGGGUACAAAGCAUUCUUUAUUUUGCUAGAAACCAUGCCAAGAUGGGUUGUGGCAUUCGUGUUAAUAUUCGCCAUUUGCAUCUCCACAUGUACCUUUGACUCUUUGCAAAGUGCGAUGGUUUCCACAAUUUCGAAUGAUUUGUUUCGCAAUAAGAUCAAAAUGAUUUACAUUCGAGGGUUAGUUGUGGUUGUCAUGAUUCCUACAAUCAUCUUGGCAGUAAAAGUUGCUGACAACGUUCUCCAGAUUUAUUUGAUCGCUGACUUGGUCUCUGCAGCUGUGAUACCCUCUGUUUUACUCGGAUUAAAUGACACAUGGUUUUGGUUCAUCCAGGGUGUUGAUGUUAUGAUUGGUGGAUUCGGUGCUCUUUUGGCCGUGUUUAUCUUUGGAACGAUUUAUUAUGGGUCUGCUGAAGAAGGAGGGAAACUUCUUCUUGUAUGGAAUGGUCUUUACAACUCUGAUGACUGGGGCGCAUUUGGUGCAUUUGUUAUAACUCCUGUUGGGGGCCUUCUUUUCACUUUGAUGUGCUCUGGACUCAGAAUUGGUAUUUUGUACUUCUACUCCAAAUUGAGUGGUGCCUCAUUUACAGCUUUGGACAAAAGGGAGUACGUCAUCACUGAAGAUGCUAACCUCGCGGAAAACUAUGGAGCAGUAUCGGACUCAAGUGCGAAAAAAGACUCUACUGAGUUAUCCUGAGAAGAAUUAUAAGUGUAAAUUUAUUUAUUCGAAACUAGAAAUCGUGAACGAGAGAAUGAUAAAAAGCUUA